AUGGGAGACGUCAUCAGGAAAGCAGCCGCGCCGGCCGGGGACGGGAGUUAUAAGAAGGCCCAGAAGAAUGAGCGUGAGUCCAUCAGGCAGAAGUUGGCUCUGGGCAGUUUCUUUGACGAUGGCCCUGGACUUUACACCAGCUGCAGCAAGAGCGGCAAGCCCAGCCUCUCCUCCCGGCUGCAAAGUGGGAUGAACCUGCAGAUCUGCUUUGUGAACGACAGUGGCAGCGACAAGGACAGCGACGCUGAUGACAGCAAGACAGAAACCAGCCUGGACACGCCGUUGUCGCCCAUGAGCAAGCAGAGCUCGUCCUACUCCGACAGAGACACAACAGAGGAGGAGUCAGAGUCCCUCGACGACAUGGAUUUCCUCACCAGGCAAAAGAAACUCCAAGCUGAAGCCAAAAUGGCCUUGGCUAUGGCAAAGCCCAUGGCCAAAAUGCAGGUGGAGGUGGAAAAGCAGAACAGGAAGAAGUCGCCGGUAGCGGAUCUUCUGCCACAUAUGCCUCAUAUUAGUGAAUGCCUGAUGAAGAGAAGUUUAAAACCCACUGACCUAAGAGACAUGACUAUUGGGCAGCUACAAGUGAUAGUCAAUGAUCUCCACUCACAGAUAGAAAGCUUGAACGAGGAGCUGGUGCAGCUGCUGCUCAUCCGGGACGAGCUGCACACGGAGCAGGAUGCCAUGCUGGUGGACAUCGAGGACCUGACCAGACACGCCGAGAGCCAGCAGAAGCACAUGGCAGAGAAGAUGCCAGCAAAAUGAGCCCUGGAGCAGAGCUGGAGCAAGUCUUCAUUUUGCUUCCGUGUGUGUCCAUGCGCUGACGUCCCCGCUGGCCCAGGAGAACAAACCAGUGUUAGUCAUUGACCAUGUCUGAAGCUUUAUGUCCAGUGAUUGGCCUCUGCUUCUUAAUUUAUUUUAAUUUUUUUACUCGUGCCACUAAAUAUCAGGCAUUUUAAUAAUAUUAUUACAGAAAAUGUACAGUACUGAAAACAUUAUAAAUCGUGGGUGAGAAGAGAGGGCAGUUUAACUUUAUUUUUGUUUGUUUAGAGAUUUUCAGUUGGAUGAUAUUUUACCAUUGACUACUUUUUUAUUCCUCACUGUAGUUUU